GCGAGCCUUGGGGAACUUGGAAGAAAUUCACGUAAAAGACUGUGAUUCACUAGAAGUUGUGCUUGAAUUUGAUGCGGCAAAAGAAGAGGCAAUAUCAGAGAAAGGGGCGAGUCAUCUGCGAAAAAUCUGCCUAUCUAAUCUGCCUAAGCUCCAAUACAUAUGGAAACCAAGUCUCAGAGGGAAAAGGGAAGAGGAUGAAGCUCGAGUCCAAUGUCAACAGCCUGUUUCUUUUCUUGCUAAGGUACUUCUACCCAAACUGGAAACAAUAAUAAUAGAAGACUUGCAAAACUUGGAAACAAUAUGGCACCCUGUCCUAACUCUGAAUUCCAUGGGUAGCUUUGAGACAUUGAAAGUGAGAGAUUGUCAGAAAAUUCAGCAUAUAUUUCCAAUGUACAUGAACGGAGUAUUUGCAACUCUACAGACGUUGAAGGUUAAAGACUGCAACUCAGUGCAGGAAAUUUUCCAGUUGGGUGGCAAGGAAAUGUGCAGUGGAGAUGAUACAACACAGCUCAAGAGUAUAACCUUGCUUCGAUUGCCAAAGCUGAAACAAAUUUGGAGCACAGGUCGGCAAUCUAGUCUUCACUUUAAGAGUCUGCAAGUUGUGCGUGUUGAAGAAUGUGGAGAUUUAGAUUACCUUUUUCCAUUCUCCAUAGCAAAGCACCUACCUCAACUUGAAGCAAUUACAAUAAAGAGUGCUGCAAAGAUGAAGGAAAUUGUUUCCAAGAGAGAAGAACCCUUAGAUAAUCUUGUUGAAUUUGAGUUUAGUCAGCUAACCUCAAUGGCGCUUUGGGAUUUACAAGAUUUGCAAAGAGUUUGUGCUGGAAAUCAUAGCUUAUCUUGUUCAUCAUUAAGAGAAUUAGAUGUCUGCAAUUGUCAGAAAUUGAAGCUGUUCCAGACACAAGGUACAAGUAACCAAGGAAGACUUUUUGAUGACAAUCUCUAUGUCUCAAUGCGACGACCUCUUUUCAGGCUCGAAGAGGUGGCAUUUAGGAGUUUCAAUCAUUUGGAACUCUCUCAAUAUCCAGAACUGAAAGAACUAUGGUAUGGUCAACCUGAGCCGAAAAUAUUCUGCAAUUUGAAGCAUCUGGUGGUGCGUAAAUGUUCGUUCUUAUCCAAGAUGAUUUUCUCAUCAAAUUUAUUGCAAUUGUUGAACACUUUGGAGGAAUUGGAAGUAUCAGAGUGUGAUUUCUUAGAAGCAAUAUUUGAUGUAAAAGCAUUAGAAGACAAAGCAAUGGAAUCAAGGGAAAUUGUGAUAGUUGAUAAAUGCAACAACUUAAAAUAUGUGUUUUCACCAUCACUGUGCCAAAAUUUGAGGCAACUUGAAGAGCUUCACAUUGACUCCUGUGGUGUUGAGGAAAUCAUUUCAACUGAAGAAGGAUUGGAAGAAAUCAAAUGUGAAAAAUUGCAAAUAUUUGCAUUUGACCAUUCCAAUUCCCAACAGCUUAGAGACGGUGGCAUUGGUUUGCAAAUUAAACAAGCUUUGUUUUGUAUUGAAAAGCUUGAGCAUAUAUGGAAUGAUGAUGACUCAGCAUCUCAUCCCCUAGUUCAAAACCUUGAAUAUCUACGUGUAGAGGAAUGUUCAAAGAUAAUAAGAUUUGCAACACCUUCUGCAUCUUUCAAAAAUUUAACUUCCUUGACAGUGAACGAUUGCAAUGGGCUUAUGUACUUCAUGACAACUUGCACUGCUACAAGUCUCGUCCACCUCACAAGCUUAGAGGUUAGCAAUUGUGGGAUGUUAGAGGAAGUUGUGAUGACGGAUGAUGAAGGCGAAUCAGAAGAAGAGGUCAUAUUUGAAAGCUUGAAGUAUUUGGAACUAACUUGUUUAACAAGCCUAAAAAGCUUUUGCUAUGGAAACCAAACCUUCAUAUUCCCAUCUUUGGUGACACUUAAAGUGAUAGGAUGCCACAAAAUGCAAAAUUUUUCAUCUGGAUUCAUCGCUGCCCCAUUUGUGAAAUCCGUGAAAGUGGAAGAUGGAAAGAAACAUUGGAAAGGGGACCUUAACUCCACCAUUAAACAGUUAUUCAUAGACAAGGCAAUUGGAGAAGGAAUUGACGAUGACCACAAAGAAUCUUCAAGCAGUCAGACACAGGAAAAGAGCAUAGGCAAAAGCAGAGCAUUAAGCAUUGAGGAGCAUGGAGCAGAGUCAAAGGCUGAUGAUGAGGUUGUUGAUUUAGGGAAGCAAGAAAUCCACGGACUUCCUAUUCCACAUACAGGUAUACUAAUUAUGAUUGUCUUCUAUUCUUCGUUUAUUCAUAAAUGA